UCAAGUUUUUCGUCUUGAAUUAUUAAUGAUUUUUUUUUUUGUUCUACCGCUCCUGCAUGUUUCUCUUCCUCACCGGGAGGACAACCUCACCAAUGCGAGCUUCAUUUUGAAGGAUGUUAUUGGGUUCCUGCUGGUUCCCAUAGCAACCGCCACUGUCAAGUCUUCACGCCUCAAUUCGGCCUUCCAGGGGCCAGUAUGAAACGGUGUCGCUGUUGCACCGCAUCCUUCUCCACUGGGCCAGGGAUGGAGGGAGCUCCGCACCCCCUCCGCCCCCCCACAGUCCGGGUGGGCCCCGCCUCUCCCGCAUCCGAGUCAGCAUCUCAGGCGUCCUCCUCCUCCUCCUCUUCCUCCUCCUGGAUGAGGAAGAUGAGGAUCCGCCGCACCAGCGGGCUGACGAGCCAGCAUCAGCAGCAGCAGCAGCCGCCGCCGCCGCACAGGCAGCACGCACGCAUCCACGCCGCGGCAUCAUGACGCCGGAGCACCGCGCCGAGCCUCGCCUUGAGCAGGCCGAGUGAAGCGGCAGGAUGGCGGGGGGCCGCCGAGGACUUGUGGCCCCUCAGAAUACUUUUUUGGAGAAUAUUGUCCGGCGUUCCAACGUUUGGACACUGUCACAUAGACAGACAGACACCAACUUUGUGCUGGGCAACGCGCAGAUCGUGGACUGGCCCAUCGUCUACAGCAACGACGGCUUCUGCAAACUGUCGGGGUACCACAGGGCAGAGGUCAUGCAGAAGAGCAGCACCUGCAGCUUCAUGUACGGCGAGCUCACCGACAAAGACACGACGGAAAAAGUGCGUCUGACAUUCGAGAACUACGAGAUGAACUCGUUUGAAAUCCUCAUGUACAAGAAGAACAGGACGCCCGUGUGGUUCUUCGUGAAGAUCGCGCCCAUUCGAAACGAGCAGGAGAAGGUGGUCCUGUUCCUGUGCACCUUCAGCGACAUCACGGCCUUCAAGCAGCCCAUCGAGGACGACUCGUCCAAAGGCUGGGGCAAAUUCGCGCGACUGACCCGAGCUCUGACAAGCAGCCGAGGCGUCCUGCAGCAGCUGCAGCCCACCGUCCACAAAGGAGAGAACGUACACAAGCACUCGCGGUUGGCUGAGGUGCUGCAGCUGGGCUCCGACAUCUUGCCCCAGUAUAAGCAGGAGACCCCCAAAACGCCCCCCCACAUCAUUCUGCACUACUGCCUCUUCAAGACCACAUGGGACUGGGUCAUCCUCAUCCUCACCUUCUACACGGCCAUCAUGGUGCCCUACAACGUGUCCUUCAAGACCAAGCAGAACAACGUGACGUGGCUGGUGGUGGACAGCAUCGUGGACGUCAUCUUCCUCGUGGACAUCGUGCUCAACUUCCACACCACCUUCGUGGGGCCGGCCGGCGAGGUCAUCUCGGAUCCCAAACUCAUCCGCAUGAACUAUCUGAAGACCUGGUUCGUCAUAGACCUGCUCUCCUGCCUGCCCUACGACGUCAUCAACGCCUUUGAGAACGUCGAUGAGAAUUGGAACCGGCGAGCUGUGACUCAAGGCAUCAGCAGCCUGUUCAGCUCCCUGAAGGUGGUCCGGCUCCUGCGUCUGGGUCGGGUGGCCCGCAAGCUGGACCACUACAUCGAGUACGGCGCCGCCGUGCUGGUCCUGCUGGUGUGCGUCUUCGGUCUGGCCGCUCACUGGCUGGCCUGCAUCUGGUACAGCAUCGGCGACUACGAGGUGAUCGACGAGGUGACCAACAUCGUGCGCACGGACAGCUGGCUGUACAUCCUGGCCGAGACCGUGGGCACGCCGUACCGCUUCAACGCCAGCGGCCUGGGCAAGUGGGAGGGCGGCCCCAACAAGGACUCGGUCUACAUCACCUCGCUGUACUUCACCAUGACCAGCCUGACCAGCAUCGGCUUCGGCAACAUCGCGCCCACCACCGACGGGGAGAAGAUCUUCGCCGUGGCCAUGAUGAUGAUCGGAUCUCUCCUGUACGCCACCAUCUUCGGUAACGUGACCACCAUCUUCCAGCAGAUGUACGCCAACACCAAUCGCUACCACGAGAUGCUCAACAGCGUGCGGGACUUCCUGAAACUCUACCAGGUGCCCAAGGGCCUGAGCGAACGGGUCAUGGACUACAUCGCGUCCACUUGGUCCAUGUCGCGGGGGAUCGACACCGAAAAGGUGCUGCAGAUUUGUCCGAAGGACAUGCGGGCGGACAUCUGCGUCCACCUGAACCGGAAGGUGUUCAAAGAGCACCCGGCCUUCAGGCUGGCCAGCGACGGCUGCCUGCGGGCGCUGGCCAUGGAGUUCCAGACCAUCCACUGCGCCCCCGGCGACCUCAUCUACCACGCCGGCGAGAGCGUGGACAGCCUCUGCUUCGUGGUGUCCGGCUCGCUGGAGGUCAUCCAGGACGACGAGGUCGUGGCCAUCCUGGGCAAGGGGGACGUCUUCGGCGACGUCUUCUGGAAGGAGGUGACGCUGGCUCAGGCCUGCGCCAACGUCCGCGCCCUGACGUACUGCGACCUCCAUGUCAUCAAGCGCGACGCCCUGCAGAAGGUGCUCGAGUUCUACACGGCCUUCUCCAAUCACUUCUCCCGCAAUCUGCUGCUCACUUACAACCUGCGCAAGAGGAUGGUUUUCCGAAAAAUCAGCGACGUGAAACGAGAGGAGGAGGAGCGGCAGAGGCGCAAAAACGAGGCUCCUCUCAACUUACCGCCCGACCAUCCGGUGCGCAAACUUUUCCAGCGCUUCCGGCAGCAGCGAGAGGCUCGCACGGCCACCGACAAGCCGGAAGACAACGACGUGGAGAAGGGGGCCGUCUACGCGGAGGUCCCCAAGACGGCCGUCGUCGCCGCCGCCGCCGCCACCAGCAUCGUGACGGUGACGGAAAGCCCGGCGACGCCGUCGUCGUCGGCGGCGCCCGUCCCGUCGCCCGCGCCCCCCGGCCGCGCCCCUUCGGACAAGGUGAAGCUGCAGGUGCCGCCGCCCGCCUCCUUGGUGGGGGGUCGGGCCGCCGAGCCGGGAAAAGUCAAAGGCUGGGGACGCUUCAAGGAGUCCAUGGCCAAGCCCGACAACUGGAAAACGGUGUCCAAAGCGGAAUCCAUGGAGACGCUGCCGGAGCGGACCAAGGGCCACGAGUCCCAAAUGUCCCUGAAGAAGACGGACUCGUGCGACAGCGGCAUCACCAAAAGCGACCUGCGCCUGGACAAAGUCAGCGACUUCCGCUUGACGCCGCAGGACCGCAGUCCCGUGCAGCCGCCCGAAACCCGCCGCUCCUUCUACCCCAUCCCCGAGCAGAGCCUGCAGGCCUCGCUUCAAGAACUCAAGCUGGAGCUCAAAGACGACCUGAAGAGCCUCAACGUGCGAAUGUCGGGCCUGGAGGCGCAGCUCGCCGAAGCCCUGCAGCUCCUGAAAGCCAGGACGCCCGCCGCCGGCUCCCCGCAAGCUCUCUUUGACAUUUCCGGACCCGCCUCGCCAGAAGCCGACAAGGAGGACAUCUUCUCUUGAGCCUCGGGGGGGACGUUUCGCCGCGAUCCGGUAAUGGCCGCGUUCUUCGGGGUUAGCUGAGGCCGCGCCGGCGCUGGAGUUUGGGGGGGGGGCUCAGAGGGGCGGCCUUUUAUAUCGGGCGUCGGAAACGAGACGCGCGGGCCUCCGUCGCGGGAACGGCCCGGGGGGCCCGAGGCGGAACCCGGCGCCGGCGAACCCGGUCGGCCUUUUUAUCUGUAGAUACCGAACACCGCGCUCGAGAGCUCCGGCGUAAAAACGGCAUGACCCAACGUUGUAUGCUGUACGAUACCUUGCAUGUCGCAUCUGUUCACCGUUGACGGCACAUGCGCAACCGCCGGGGGGUGGGGGUGGGGGGGCGGGGGCCAAACCCACGAGCGCUCUCGUGGUACGCAAACCCUGACCGGGAAAAACGGCUUCGGUCUGAAUGUACCUUUGCGAGCGAAGCGUUCGCUGGAAUUUAUCUUUCAACCGGAAAGUCGAUUGGGAAAAACAGAAAUGUGGGACAUUCGGAGGAAGUUGACGCCGUCACCGAGGGUCUGGCUCGUGAGUGGAUUCGCAGGCCAAGCCAUUUUUCUGCCAACCAAACGCUGAAACAUUUUUGCGAUCUUCUGUCAUCCACUCGAUUCCCAUCAACUCCACGUUGCGCUCGAUUGAUUUUGAUUUAUUUUUGAGUACACAUUUGGGCACAUCUGGCGACAAAUCCUCGUUGUCGGGUCGUUUGUUUGUAUCCCGACACGUACUGUUUACAAAGCUUACGAAAAGGUCGGACACACGCCUCGACGGGUUUGAUUCCGACAGGUUGUUUGCAUUAUGCGAGGACAGUCGAGCGUUUACGCCCCCGCAGCCCCCCCACCCCCGCGGGCGAGUGUGAAAAAUUUGGGUGGCGUCGUGUACGAUUACGAAUUAGACGUGACGACGUCCGGCGGUUGUCGUGAUCGCGGGGAGACGCCGAAUGACCGACGGAAUGCGGUUCUAGAAGCGCGCUGGGCCUUUAUGUAUAUCCUGAAACGCAACAGCGACCGCCUUCACGUAGCAUGAAAACCAUGCAUCACUUUAUUAUGAUACUAAUAUCAUUUCCACUAUUCGUCUUAGCGCAGGAUCCAAACGUUCCAAGUUGGAAGGGAUUUCAGAGUCAGAUGGGGGAGGGACACAAUAUAUUUAUAUUUUGUGCUACUGGUUUGCAUGCAGGCAUUAUUGUCAAAUAUACAGUAUAUAUCAUGAUAAUAAUAAUAAUAAUAAUAAUCAUUCUGCGGGAGAACUUGCAAUAUUCCAGAGGGAAAUACCAAAUAUGUUCGACGGACGGACAGAACUUUUUGUGAUGAAUUCUAUUGGAAGGUUGGACAGAGAGAAGUCGGCUUUUGAAGGGGAAAUAAUCAGGAAAAAAAACUUAAUAUGUGGGAAAUCUUUUUUUUUUUUAAAUUCCCCAAAAUAUUCACUAUCACUGUACAUGAAAAUGCAAAUUAUUUUUGUGAGGCUUUUAUCAUUCGAAAAUAAAAAUGUCCCCGUAAUCGAUGGCAUUUUAUUCAAACGACAACAAUUUUGUCCACAUCAAUAAAAAUCACGUCUACAAAUAAGCUAGCGUGUGUGUGUGCGCUCUUUUAACAACCAAUUUACAUUUUUGUUUUCAUCUUAAGGCGAAUAAAAAUUGGGAAACGGACCACAGAGACCCAACAAACGAGAAGAAACCCUUUUAAAACAUUUUCAUUCGCUUAAGUAAAGCCUUGAGUCAAGCGGAUAAUUAUGCAUAUAAGGUUCUGUAUGUAGAAUUUAAUAACACCAAUAAUUAGUUUACGUUCGCGUUGUUAGGAUUUGCAUUCCUGAAGCUAAAAAAUGUUUUGUUUUUUUCUUCUUUGAUAUUGUGGAGUUGCCGGGUUGACGCGGUCCACUCCCCGUUCACUCCGUCCUCUUUGCGUGUCAAAGAAGAAGCGCCGGCGUUCUUGUAUUAUUCAUCAUAUUCCUAUGGAUAAUUUAUGUUUUUUUUUUUUUUUUUUUUUUUUAAACACGACUCGUCUUUUAUCAGGAAGGGAUGCAGCAAGGGGGGAGGGGAGAUGGAGGGGGGGGGGGGGGAUUGAGCCGACUAAAAAUAAAGAGCCGGCCCGUCGUCGGAGACGGGAACUCAUUUGCGGCCACGUAAAGGAAAACAUGCUCGAUAAAUUGAGAAAUGAAUCAUUUCAUUUAUAAUGCAGGAGCUCACAAGCAAAGAAGUCGCUUCCGUCAUAUUUACGAAAGCUGAAUGCGGGACAUAUUGAAUUGAAUCAUGCCAAUAUGAAAUGGAUUGAUGACUUCUGGGCUAAUCUCGUUUCCUACAACCUUUGAAUGUCGCGCGACCAAAAAUGGAUCACGCCGACCUUUUUUUAUUCAGUCACGUCGUACUCGUAUUUUUUGGCAGGCGAGGCAAAAGUAAUGUUUUUUAAAAAAAAAAAAAAAAAAAAUAGAGACUGGUAAAAGAGAGAGGACUGAUUCAACAGAUAUUUUGGUAAUAAAACAAGUAAACACUCUUCCGCUGCGUGCACUCACGUUCGACAAUGAGGCACUCCAAAGCGAGGAUCCAUUUUUGGGGUGUGUAGACAUAGCCGGUGAAAGGUGCUCAAGUUCUGAUAUACUCGAGUCGGGGCGUGGGCAAAUCAGGCCGGCAAAAAAAAGUUGAACGCUCUUCAACGCCUCACAAUUGAGGACUCGAUUCUUUGCAGGCAAUUUUCAAACAUGUAAACAACGAAAUUCACUCUUUAAGUGCAAAAUUCAAGAAUAAUAAUUACUGCCAGUAAUAUACAAUAUUUGUUUAGAUAACGUAGAUAACUGUUUCCCCCGUUUUGGAAACUUGCAGAGUGUUAUAUGGAAGUAAAUAUGUGCCAACAGGAUAUGAAUUCAAAAUGCCACCGAAAAUUGUAUGUUGUAAAAAGCACAUUUUCGAUAGCUGUAUUUCAGUUCAACUUUUUACUGUUAACAAAUUGGCCUUAUAAAAAAAAAAAAAAAAUUCAACCUUCAGAAUUCAAACGCAAUAUUUUCAACUGGCUACAAUUGGCUGGCUGAAAUUCACCGUCUGACAGCCAGCCAAUCCAGUGACGCGUUCUUAGCAUGUGAUGUGUCACGUGACUAAGAAAGUGUAACUGGUUUGGCUGGGUGUCGGGUUCUGACCUGAUGUAACCCUGCCCUUCUUAACACUGAAUUUAGACAGUGAAUUUCAUACAGCGAUUUGUAGUCGGUUGAAUCUCAGGAGUUUGAAUUUUGAAGGUUACAUUUUUUGAUAUGGUGAAUUUUUGAAAAGUUAAACUGAAACAUAGCUAUUGGAAAUGUGAUCACUUUUAAAUAAAAAUGCAAAUUUUAGAACAUGUAAUUUUCAGUGGCAUUUUGAAUUCAAAUCCUGGUGGCACAUAUUUACUUGCAGUUUUUUUUUUUUUUUUUUUUUUUACUUCAGUGUGUCAGAGCUCCCGGGAGUUUUGCGUUAGUUGGAAACGCCAACCUUCUCUCUUUCCGUAUUUUUGUCGUGUAUUUUAUCUAAUGCGGUGUUGUCAUCCACUGAGUUUGUAAAAAUGUAAUGAAAUAGAAAUUUCUUCAAUUGUAGGGAGACGGAACAAAAAACCCCACUCAAAGUACAAAUACCUGAAAAAUGGAGUGAAAUCCAAAUGUUCCCGAGGUGACGUAAACCGAAG